GACAGAAACUCAAACAAGAUAGGAACCUGGAGGCAGAAGCUGAUGCAAAGGCCAUGGAGGAGUGCUGCUUACUGGCUUGCUCAGCCUGCUUUCUUACAGAAUCCAGGACCACCAGCCCAAGGAUGAUAGGUACCCCCUACAAUGAGCUGGACCUCCCCAAUCAAUCACUAAGAAAAUGCCUGCUGGCCAGAUAAUUUGGAGGCAUUUUCUCAAGCUUGUGCCAAGUUGACAUAAACUAGCCAGAACAAGGGAAGAGGCUAAGAAGAAACUGUUGACUGCACACAGGCACACACCUGGCCCUAGCAGCUGCAGGAACCUAUUUGUUUAUGGCCUUUUCUCAUUUUCAUGGACCAGCUGUGAGCAUUCAGCUGAAGGAGGUACCUGCAUUCCUGCCAAAGCCAGAGUGUUUACAUCAAGGAUCAGCAGAAUAGGCAAGGGUCUCCACAGCUUCCAGAACCCCAGCAGAAAAGCUAGGAGACCCUCAAUGAGUGUGCUCCAGGAUCCAGGCAGGUUGGGACACCCAGGAACUCAGCCUCAGAUCUCCCUACCUCAUCUGAAGGUUAGAGCCCUGGCUAGCCAGCUGUCUACUGUCAUUGAGGGACCACCUCUGCAGCCCCUGCUUAUUGACAGUACUGCCUCAAAUCAGAAGCCAGAAGAUAAAAGGUAUCUCUGUGCUUACAAAUAUAGCCCUGGUGUCCUCCUUAUUCCACACCCAAGGGAAACCCUGGAACCCUGAAUGCUUCUCCAUCUUCUUUACAGUCUGCCAGGCUGCUCUAGAAAUGAAGGGUGCUGAGGGGCUUGGGCAUAGGCAGGUGACACCACCACAGUCAGUGGUCACAGUUGGCUUGCUGGGUCUCUCUUGGACAGAGAGCAUAUUAAUGGUAUAAAGAUGAGUCCAGUAUACACAAACCAUCAGGUCUGAGUUACUGAGCAUAUCACCGGAGCCCCAUGGGGGGGCUUGGCAGCCAAGCACAGCAGCAGUUUUGCUAAACAAAUUCUCUGCUCUCUCCCCCUGAACUCACCAGUAUAUCUGGGGCUCCAGCCCAGCACAUCCACCUACUCUCUCUGCUGGAAGCUUAUACCUACCAUGCCAAGCCUGGCUGUUCUGAGCCUCAGCCUGGCUGCUCUCCUGGGCCUUGGGAUGGGAGCCUCCUUGUGCCUGUCACAGCAAUUCAAGGCACAAGGGGACUACAUACUGGGUGGGCUAUUUCCCCUGGGCUCAACUGAGCAGGACACUCUUUACCAGAGAACACGACCCAAUGGCAUCCUGUGCACCAGGUUCUCACCCCUUGGUCUGUUCCUGGUCAUGGCUAUGAAGAUGGCUGUGGAGGAGAUCAACAAUGGAUCUGCCUUGCUCCCUGGACUGCGCCUGGGCUAUGACUUAUUUGACACAUGCUCAGAGCCGGUGGUCACCAUGAAGCCCAGUCUCAUGUUCCUGGCAAAGGUGGGCAGUCAAAGCAUUGCUGCCUACUGCAACUAUACACAGUACCAGCCCCGUGUGCUGGCUGUCAUUGGGCCCCACUCAUCAGAGCUUGCCCUAAUUACAGGCAAGUUCUUCAGCUUCUUCCUCAUGCCACAGGUCAGCUAUAGCGCCAGCAUGGAUCGGCUAAGUGACCGGGAAACAUUUCCAUCCUUCUUCCGCACAGUGCCCAGUGACCGGGUGCAGCUGGAGGCUGUUGUGGCUCUGUUGCAGAAUUUCAGCUGGAACUGGGUAGCUGCCCUAGGUAGUGACGAUGACUAUGGCCGGGAAGGUCUGAGCAUCUUUUCUGGCCUGGCCAAUGCACGAGGUAUCUGCAUUGCACAUGAGGGCCUGGUGCCACUGCAUGGCACCAGUAGCCAACAGCUUGGCAAGGUGGUGGACGUGUUACACCAAGUGAACCAAAGCAAAGUGCAGGUGGUGGUGCUGUUUGCCUCCUCCCGUGCUGUCUACUCCCUUUUUAACUAUAGCAUCCAUCAUGGCCUCUCAUCCAAGGUAUGGGUGGCUAGUGAAUCCUGGCUGACCUCUGACCUGGUCAUGACACUACCCAAUGUUGCCCGUGUAGGCACUGUGCUUGGGUUUCUGCAGCGAGGUGCCCUGCUGCCCGAAUUCUCCCAUUAUGUGGAGACCCGCCUUGCCCUGGCUGCUGACCCAACAUUCUGUGCCUCACUGAAUGCUGAGUUGGACCUGGAAGAGCAAGUGAUGGGGCAACGCUGUCCACAGUGUGACAACAUCACGCUGCAGAAUCUGUCAUCUGGACUGAUGCAGAACCUAUCAGCUGGGCAGUUGCACCACCAGAUUUUUGCAACCUAUGCAGCUGUGUACAGUGUGGCCCAGGCUCUUCACAACACCCUACAGUGCAAUAUCUCAAGUUGCCCCACAGCAGAGCCUGUUCAACCCUGGCAGCUCCUGGAGAACAUGUACAACAUGAGUUUCCAUGCUCGAGACUUGACACUGCAGUUUGAUGCUAAAGGGAAUGUAGACAUGGAGUAUGACCUGAAGAUGUGGGUGUGGCAGAGCUCUACACCUGCAUUACAUACUGUGGGCACUUUCAACGGCACUCUUCAGCUGCAGCACUCCAAGAUGCACUGGCCAGGGAACCAGGUGCCAGUGUCCCAGUGCUCCAGGCAGUGCAAAGAUGGCCAGGUGCGCAGAGUAAAGGGCUUCCAUUCCUGCUGCUAUGACUGUGUGGACUGCAAGGCAGGCAGCUACCGGAAGCAUCCAGAUGAUUUCACCUGUACUCCAUGUAACCAUGACCAGUGGUCCCCAGAGAAAAGCACGAGCUGCUUGCCUCGCAGGCCUAAGUUCCUGGCCUGGGGAGAGCCAGUUGUGCUGUCACUGCUGCUGCUGCUGUGCCUGGUGCUAGGCCUAGCACUGGCCUCCCUGGGGCUCUUUGUCCAUCACCGGGACAGCCCUCUUGUUCAGGCCUCAGGUGGGUCACUGUUCUGCUUUGGCCUGGUCUGCCUAGGCCUCUUCUGCCUCAGUGUCCUUCUGUUCCCAGGACGGCCAAGCUCUGCCAACUGCCUUGCUCAACAGCCAUUGGCUCACCUUCCUCUCACAGGCUGCCUGAGCACGCUCUUCCUGCAAGCAGCUGAAAUCUUUGUGGAGUCUGAGUUGCCACUGAGCUGGGCAAACUGGCUAUGUAGCUGCCUUCGGGGAUCCUGGGCUUGGCUGGUAGUCCUGCUGGCCAUUCUUGUGGAGGCAACACUAUGCGCCUGGUACUUGACAGCUUUCCCACCAGAGGUGGUGACAGACUGGUGGGUGCUGCCUACAGAAGUACUGGAGCACUGCCACAUGCGUUCCUGGGUCAGCCUAGGCUUGGUACACAUCACCAAUGCAACACUGGCCUUCCUCUGCUUCCUGGGCACUUUCCUAGUACAGAGCCAGCCUGGUCGCUACAACCGUGCCCGUGGUCUCACCUUCGCCAUGCUAGCUUAUUUCAUCAUCUGGGUCUCUUUUGUGCCCCUCCUGGCCAAUGUACAUGUGGCUUACCAGCCAGCUGUGCAGAUGGGUGCCAUUCUACUCUGUGCCCUGGGCAUUCUGGCCACCUUCCACCUGCCCAAGUGCUAUGUGCUUCUGUGGCUGCCAAAGCUCAACACUCAGGAGUUCUUCCUGGGGGGGAGCCCCAAGGAAGCAGCAGAUGGGAACAACAGUGGGGGAGGGGUGGUAACAACUCAGGGCCACAAUGAGUGACCCCUGACCCACUGAUUAGUGAUCCCAACCCUAGUAGAGACCUUCCAAGUCAACAACCCCCAGACUUGAGACUUGAGACACUUAACUAUAGACUGACUCCAAGUUAUCCACUGACCUUAGCUCCACAGUGACCCCCAGGCCUAUAAUGUGCAAGAUGGAUCCUAUGAUCCCACCUAUCCUUCAAAGGCAAGAUCAUCCUUGAUCCUAUUAUGCCCUACCUAAGGCCUUCCCAGGUGACUGGGAUCCAUUAUCUUAGAAAAUGGACCACAACGUGUUCUUUGGGACUCCAUAGCCAUAUCUUGAAUUCAAGAAUGCCCUAGGCAGACCCUGGGAGAGCAGUACUACUUGGCUGAACAUGCCCAGGCUGGGCCCUCAGCACCCUGACCAGGCAUCCCAGAAAUAGAAGGCUGGGCAUAUGCAUGUACUGGGACAAAGUAAGAAAGUUAACAGGCAGAGGGCACUCAAGAGGUAGGCAACACCCAGCCUCCUCCUCCCUUCCGGGCCCAGCCCUCGUCUAUAGGAGGGAACCAAGUCACUGCUAGCACCUUGGACAGAGCAUAGGGCAAGGGUCAGCACCAUGGCCAGCACCACCCCCCACCCAGGACCCCUAGAGUCAGCUCCUAGUACCAAGGACAGAAAAGUCGCCUACAAGACCCCUGUUACUGGCCAGCACCAGGGACAGAGCCACAUGACUAAGUGGACAAGA